AAGUCUUGGUUUAGACUUAGUGCCCCAACAAAAGAAAAGUGGUCUCUUUCUUCCUUUUUCAUUUGAAUUUUAAACUCAAAAGCAUUAAUAAAGCAAAAUUAAUCAAAGAUAAUUAUUCUUUAAAAAUAUAAUUAAAUAACCUAACUUUUAGCUUAUCUAUAAGACCCCAUCACUUUUAUGUCCAAUCCAAUGUCCCUCAAAUCAUACAUAAGGAAGCUUCAUUUGGGUCUAUGCUCUUAGGAAAAACAAGAAGAAGAAGAAGAAGAAGAGGAAGAAGAAAGAAGACCCAACUUUGAAAAAACAUAUAAAAGUGGUCAUAUUAAUUAUUAAGGUUGUUUCUACUUUCUAUCAUAUUUUUGGGAAUCAUGUUUCUUAAGUACAAGCUUAGCUUCAUCUUCAUCCUCCUCCUCUCAACCUCUUUUUUAUCCUCCAUUUGCAUUGCAGGACGACCAUCUAAGUUGGUUCCUGAGGUUGUUGCUAACGGUGGAGUUGUGCAUGAGGAUGCAAAGAGGAAGACAAGAGGUGAUGAAAUGGAAGACAUCAUCCAUGAAAGACUUUUGAGGGUAAACACCAAAGACUAUGGAAGAUAUGAUCCAGCCCCAGCCUUUGUUAAGCCUCCUUUCAAGCUCAUCCCCAACUGAUAAGGGCAGAACAAAUAAAUAUCAUCACCAACAUGGGAGUAACCUUAUAAACAUAUAUAAAUAAUAAGAAAAAAAAAUAUCAUCUGUUUCAUAUAUAUAUAUCUAUAUAUAGUAUAAGUAUAAUAUAUAUGUAUUAAUCAUAUAUAAUAUAUUGUAUAAUAUAUGAUCAUAGACUCACAUAUAUAUAUAUGAAUAUAAAGCCUUUGUAA